AUGUCGAUUUCUUGUACCCGAAACUUCUUUGGAAGAUUUUGUGUUGAGGAAUACAAUAUCGACACCAUAAAACAGAGUAGUUUUCUCUCUUCUGAUCUUUUACCAUCUCUUGGAGCUAGAAUUAACCAAUCAACUAAGCUUCGUAAACACAUAAUCUCUCCUUUUAAUCCACGAUAUAGAGCAUGGGAGAUGUGGCUAGUCAUUCUAGUUAUUUACUCAGCUUGGAUUUGUCCAUUUGAAUUUGCCUUCAUUACUUACGAAAAAGAUGCGAUUUUCAUCAUCGAUAACAUUGUUAAUGGCUUCUUCGCCAUUGAUAUUGUUCUCACCUUCUUUGUCGCCUAUCUCGAUAGCCACUCUUAUCUUCUAGUUGACAAUCCUAAGAAAAUAGCAAUAAGGUAUCUUUCGACAUGGUUCGCCUUUGAUGUGUGUUCGACAGCACCAUUUCAGCCUUUGAGCCUCCUGUUUAACUACAAUGGGAGCGAACUAGGUUUCAGAAUCCUUAGCAUGCUCAGGUUAUGGCGUCUCAGACGCGUUAGCUCGCUAUUCGCAAGGCUUGAGAAAGAUAUCCGUUUCAACUAUUUCUGGAUACGAUGCACAAAACUCACCUCGGUCACUUUGUUCGCUGUACAUUGUGCCGGAUGUUUCAACUACCUGAUUGCAGAUAGAUAUCCAAAUCCAAGAAAGACAUGGAUUGGAGCUGUGUAUCCAAAUUUCAAGGAAGCAAGUCUCUGGAAUAGAUACGUAACCGCUCUUUACUGGUCGAUUACGACAUUAACGACCACGGGAUAUGGAGAUUUGCAUCCUGAGAAUCCAAGAGAAAUGUUGUUUGACAUUUUCUUCAUGUUGUUCGACCUCGGUUUGACAGCUUACCUGAUUGGAAAUAUGACCAACCUUGUUGUUCACUGGACUAGCCGAACCAGAACCUUUAGGGAUACAGUGAGAGCUGCUUCAGAGUUUGCUACAAGAAACCAACUCCCACAUGACAUACAAGACCAAAUGUUAUCACAUAUUUGCUUAAAGUUCAAAACAGAGGGCUUAAAACAACAAGAAACAUUGAACAAUUUGCCAAAAGCAAUCAGAUCAAACAUUGCAAAUUACCUCUUCUUCCCAAUUGUUCAGAACAUUUAUCUCUUUCAAGGAGUAUCUCGUAACUUCCUCUUUCAAUUGGUUUCCGAUAUAGAUGCUGAGUAUUUCCCACCUAAAGAAGAUAUCAUUCUACAGAACGAAGCGCCUACGGAUCUUUACAUUCUUGUCUCAGGAGCAGUGGAUUUCAGUUCUUACGUUGAUGGACAUGAUCAGAUUCAAGGGAAAGCAGUUAUUGGAGAUACAUUUGGAGAGAUUGGAGUUUUAUGCUAUAGACCACAACCUUUCACAGUAAGAACAACCGAGCUAUCUCAAAUACUACGGAUAAGCAGAAUAUCGCUGAUGAGCGCGAUGCACGCUCAUGGUGAAGACGGACGAGUUAUAAUGAACAAUCUCUUCAUGAAACUUAGAGGACAACAGUCGAUAGCAAUAGACGAUACAAGUAAUGAUCAAGAAAAUCGAGAUUUCCAACGCAUGGGAUGGGAAGAGUGGAGGGAAUAUUCAAGAAAAGAUGGUUACGUUUCCAAUGUUAAAGAUUCGAGUAGCGAAAAUGGAGAAACGGCUUUAAUGGAUGCAAUUCACAAGGGAGACACUGAAAUGGUUAAGAAGCUACUUGAAAAAGGGAUCAACAUAGAGAAACCAAAGGCUCUUGCAGAACAACGAGGAAAUAAAAGCAUAUGUGAUCUCUUAUCAAGUUAUGAAAUGACAAGAGCUGAAGAAGAGAAGUUAGAGGAAACACAAGGCGAAAAAUCGAAUAGCGGAAGAGCGGGAAAAAGUCAUGGUAACGAUUCAGAUCAACAUUGCAGCUCAAGCAUCCAAAUCAAGCAAUUUAAGAGAAAAGAUAAGAGAGUUACUAUUCACAUGUUGUCACAAGAGAAAGAUCGAUUAGAGCGCAAGAAGGGGAAGUUAAUAGUCUUACCUUCGUCAAUUGAAGAGCUUCUAAGACUUGCAGGUGAAAAGUUUGGAGGGUGCAACUUCAAAAAGAUUACCAAUGCGGAAAACGCAGAGAUUGAUGAUUUAGAUGUAAUUUGGGAUGGUGAUCAUUUGUUUUUUUCAUCAAAUUGA